UAAACUUUUGUUGCCGUGAGUAGUCGCUAUUGCCACACGCCCCCGCCUUCGGUCUACCCCACAUACAAGUUACGUUUUAUAUUACGUUUAUAUUUUGACUACUUUUGUUUUGCGCCACGCCGCGUCCACCGCCAUCUCAUUCAGAGUUAAAGUAACGACACGAUAUCGAGCUCUCCUUUGAGUCAGGCCUGAGUUAGGCCUCGCAAGUUUUAAUGCAUGGUGGAGGAGCGCGAUGGACGUCACGACAUCCUUCGCCGAGUUGCUCGCCUCUCUCAAUGAGAUGGUGGAGCAGCGGCUGCAGGAGAUGGUGCGCGAGGUGGAAGAGAAGCACUUCGUCUGGCUCGAUGAGAUUCUGGGAGAGGCCAAGGGGCGCUUCUGCUGUGGAGAGCCUGAGUUAUUACCAAAGACACCGUCAGCCAAGAACCGCCAAAAGAAACGCAAGUCCCUUCUCGUUAAAGACCCCAGGAAAUGCUCGUGGGGGUCCGGCCGCAGAAGCAGUGCUCGCCGCUCACUAAAGACACACCCUUACCCGAUGCUUGCGUCCCUCGCAGAGAGUGAGACAGCAGCACCCUUGGUCAAAGCUGCCCCACCGGCCACGCCGCCGGGCGAGCCGGUACUAGCCAUUGUCACAACGACAUGCAGUGGCAAAGUCGAGUUGGCAGUGGCACCUGCGGAGGAGAAGUUUGUCUUACAAUGUAAUGACGGUAGUGGCAGUAGUGACUUGGAGACGCAGGCGGGACCUGGAAAAGUCAACGAACCAGAGUCGAGUGAAGUUGCAGUGGUGGAGCCUGGCUUUGACAAUAUCUGCCGCACCCUCAUGAAGGAGUUCACCAACCUGACUGAUUCACCUACCCCUCAGCCCACAGGAAAUGCUGAUAAGGUCCCAGAGCGACUGCAGGUGAAGAAAAAUGAAGUGAAACAGGAGAGACCCCACUGCACCCUGACGAGGUUGCAGAAGAAGAAGGAGAAGAGUACAGAGAAAGAACCACAGAAGAAGCUGGCCAAGGUUUUGCGGAACGCAUCCAUGCGGUCGAUGCGCAGGAACCCCGGCAAGGACGUUGUUGCAACCCCCACAAAGACUCUGCUGACGAGCACACGAAGCAGCCCUACCGUGAUGUCCACCGCCCCUUCGGCCACCUGCUCUUCAACUCCCAUGUGCUCGAGCGCGAGAGAGACUGGAAACGAUGCAGAUGCGAUGCAAGUGAUAAGGAGACCCAGCCUCAAGCGACCCCUGCUCAUCGGCUUCAACAUCACCCCGAUGAAAUCACCGCCCAGGAAGAGACUUCAGACCAUCCCAGCCAAGGUGCUCAAGCGUGCAGUGACUUUUGCAGAGACUGGGCCACGCAGCUUUGUGAGCCAGAUUUGCAAGGUUUUUACACCAGGGAGGCCACUUCUGGUUGGGCAUCCCACAACCCCUAAGGCCAUUGUCAAGCCCGACGCCCUGCGCAAGGCUGACUCCAAGGAGAGUGAGCGGCAAGCGUUGGCUGACCAGCUGAAAAAGAAGCAGGAGAUGGAUGAAGAGCGCAAGCGCAAAGCCGAGGAGACCAAGAAACAGAAGCUCGAGGAGAUGAGGAAGAAGCGUGAGGAGCGGCAGCAGAAGGCUCGUGAGAAGAUGGAGCAGCAGGAGCUCAAUAAAAAGAGGAAGGCUGAGGAAAAAACGGAAAAGGAGGAGGAGGAGCGGCUGCGCAAGGCAAACGAGGCGAAGAAGCUCCUUAAGACUCCCGUGCCCCUGCUCAGGGCUGUCAAGAUCACCUUAAAUCCUGCAUCCAAGGUGCUUCUCAACCAAUCGAUAAAGCCGCAGAUGGUGGACAGCCCACAGACGUACGAGAUGACCCCACAGUCCGCCACGGUGCCCAAGCCGCCUCAGAUAAUAGGCGAAAACUACGGCAUAGACCUGGAGAGCGGGGACUCGACAGAUGACGAACACUCGCCCAAGAAGGACAUCCCACUCUGGGCCACAGACAAGAACCUGGCGCACACCCUUCAGGAGCAAUACGCCACCCCGCCCAACCUCGACGACCUGUUUGAUGUGAUCGAAGUACCUGACCUGGAGGUGAUCUUCAACAAGCGCAAGAAGUGUUACGUUAGUCGUUCCAGUUCGGCCAACUGGAACUCACCCCCGCUCAAGAAUACCAGGCUUGGAAUCCUGGGACACUAGUGGGGAGCGUGGGCUGUGAAAGCCGAGCACUGGACGCGACACGGGACGGUUGGGCUUAGGGAUAAGGUUAACAGUAGGGGCUGCUGAUAUCAUGUCUGGUUGGCUAACAGGCGCAGGGGUAGGGUCUGGUUUCGGCAUGUGACAAUUCACCCGCCCACCCACCUAAGUGUAACACCGGCCUGUCAACUGCAUAUAAUUUUAAAAAUGCUUUUUAAAAAUCCUAAGCUUCAUUUGUGAGCAUAAUAACAUUUUAAUCGAUAAAUUGGUGCAUUAUUACUUGCAUAGUCUGGAUGGCCCUUUGGGUGUAGUUUAUGACUCAGGAUACUGCUAGGGUCUCGUUGACUAUUAUAACUGGGUUAAAAGGUUAGUGCUGUGGUUAGUGGUUAUGGUUAUGGCUCGUGUUGGAGUUUGAAGGUCUAGUUGGAUAGGAUCAGAUCCGCUGGUAUGCUCCAUUCCCGUAAUAGGUUUCCCUACCUUACCCCUCUUGUUGCCAAGCGUGCACUUUUAACUUGUGUUCUCAGCACCUGAUAAUUGUCCCAUGUUACUGCUGCCCCCUUGGAGAUCUCCUGAUUUACACAAUGAGACUCUCGUACAUUCACGAACAUUCGCCAUUACACAGUCGCUACUUGGUGCUUAAUAUUCGGGGGUUGUGCUGUUAAAACAAUAUAAAUGUGUGAUAGAGUUAAAACAAAAUCUAUUUCUAUGAUGAAUUUUGCUGAAGCGUCACGUGUGCACGUGCAAUGCGUGAGCCGGGGACUCAAUUGUGACGGUUUUUGUGAUGAUUUCCCUCGUUUUGUGACACCAGGCCAGCAUCUGUCUUGCUUUAGAGCUGCAAAUGAAACCUUGGACACUGUUGGCAGUUGCACAGGAGCCACUGUUUGAAAGUAUACAGCACUAUGAUCCUGCUGUUACAGAUUAUUUUGGGAAUGCAUUUUGGGUGAUGCUCGUUCUUGAGAGCGGAUGGUCGGAAAUUGUAAUUUUGCCUGCCCUCUAUACUUUGUUCAGAGGGGCCAUUGUAUGAGAUGUUAUCUGAAUAUAGAUGUUUCACUUGUAAGCCAGUGUUAAUAACAGUCAUUUUAACAGCAUCUUCAGUUAGAAUGGAACUUAACACUUCUUGCCAGUUGAUAGGCAAGCCUAAGGUUUGAGCAGUCACAUGUAAGUUACUGCGUUACAUCACUUGUGCACAGAAAUUAGUCAUGGUCAUAAAGGAUUUUUGUUUAUUAAUGCUUAUGCCAAAGUUCAAUCUAAAAGCUAGUCCGGUUUCCCAGCUAUAAAUAUUCCAAAAUUGACCGUUUCACAAUCACCAUUGAAAGAAAUAGGGUUGUAUUUUCAUUGCAUAUUCAACCCUUACCAUUCUGUGCUGCCAAAAUGCUUUCAAUAGGCGUAAUUGGCCUGUAGACUUUUAGACGCAACAAAAACUGCAGUUCUUUAGAGCAGGAGGUGGCAGUUUGUGUGCCUUACGUUGACGCACAGUGCUGCCCCUCUACCCACAAUGCACUGCUGUUGUUUGACGUCGUUUUAACUUCUGUGCUGGCAUCUUAAGGUUAGUUUGGCAAUGCAUAUUUAGAUGUAUUCCACCGUGACCGGGUGCCUUAUACGCAAGGAAUUGGCAAAAUCUAAAAAAAACCCUUGCUCGCUCUGAGCUCGGGCUUAGGCCCUGUGCACACAAUUGGACCGUUUAUUGGCUAACUGUACCAGAAGCUGAUGCGCAUUAACAAUAAUGCCAUUGCUGCAUGUCAGAAUUGGGCAUGUAAUGAAUGUUCUCUUUUUUUCUUCAUCUUUGGCAAAGUUCUUAAAACCCCUCCCCGCCCCCCCAUCCCCACCCCCCAUUGUUGCAGGAAGGGAAUGCGAUGUAUUACUGUCGGUGUGCCUGUAAACGCUUGCUCAGGGCUUCCCAGACUGCACUGGUUGGUGCAAGAUGAAUUUUCAACAGUAUUAAGGUCUGGAAUGUGUAGGCUACAUCGCAGUGAAGGUUGGAGGACAUUAAAGGCGAAGUGAGAACUGGA